UUUGUUGUUGUUGUUGUUGAUGAUGAUGAUAGAAAGAGAAAAAUUCCCAAUGGAAUGGAAUUUAUCAAAUUUCGAAUCCAAAAAUUCUUUGCUAGCUCAUAUUACGACAAUUGCUACACGCACGAAAAAAUCAUACCACAUUUUCGUUGUUGUUAACACUUUUAGAGCUGUACCACUGUUUCUUUCAUCUGUGGCAUGAUUUUCGUGUGUGUGUGUACUACUACUUUUGCUACUACUAUUACUAAAACUAAACAAUAAUUUGUAUACAACUAUAGUCAUCCACGCUCGAUUUUACUGCGACAACAAUUGAAGUAGUAGUAGUAGUGAGUAACCAUAUUAUAAAUAUUGUAACCAUUUUAUAUUUUGGACAAUUUAGUCAAAUUUGAAUUUUGUUUUUCGCUCUCAUAAUCUGGUAUAAUCGGAAUAAUUUUCAUAUAUCUUCUUGGAUCAAAUCAUAUAUCAUUUUCUUGUUGAAGCAAGGACACAUUACAAUAUGGAUGAUGGUGAAUUUAUGGUCACAUCUAUCACAGAGAUGGCAUCUAAUAAUUAUUCAGAAAAUGAUCCAAUCACCGAAACUAAUUAUGAUCAAACAGCAGUUACAGCUAUCUUGAGUUUGUCGGACCAAAAACAGUCAUUAUCUGCAUAUGAUGAAACAUUACCAUUGGCCGAACGAAAUCUUUACAUAAUGGACAAGAAUAAUCAGAUUGUUCCACUUGCCUCAAUUCGUCAAAUCUUGUCUAAUGAAUCAUUAAAACACAAUAUACAUGGACCAAUAAUACUGGAAAGUCUGCAUCAUGAACAACAACUGAAUAUUAAUGGAGAAAUUGGUGGUACAACCCUUCCGGAUAAAGAAAUGAAUGAAUUUACACGUAUUAUAUGUGAUUAUAUUAUCGUAUUAUUUAGCGAAUAUCCGGUUCCAAACCAUUUGGUAUUGUUCGCUCGUAUGAUAGCGGAAGAAUUUCCGAGGCUUGGACCCGAAGAAUUAUGGUUUUGUCGUGCGGAUCAUAAAGCCGGUAUAAUGAAACAUUCAGGAAAGCUUUCUACACGGCUUGAAAAUCAACGUAAACCUUAUACGUAUAAAAAACGACGUUUACGAAUUAUGGGACCAGAUGGACAGCCCACCAUUGAACAUUUGCAACCAGUACGGCCAUCAAAAGUGAAAUUACGUUUUUUCAACUCUCAAGGACAAUCUGUACAUAUCGAAGGUUUAAGUAUGCAGGAAUGUACUUCAAAUAAUAAUAAUAAUUCCAAAACCGAAACUGUAAGUAGUAAACGUUUAAACAAUCGUAAUAAACAACUGAACAAUCAACAUCAUCAACGUGUAACCCGUAAUCAAUCACAAAACGGAAGCGCAGAAAAAGCCAUUGUAGUAGGAGGAGAUGAAGGAGUAGUCACUGGUGGAACAUCCGUUACAAUGUCUUCCAUACAAGAUGAUAAUAAUGAUGAAAACGGGGCAAAUGAUGUUUUUGAAAUCUACGAUGAUAAUCAUUUGAAUUUGGAAUCACAAAUAACAAUUGAUGGUUCUAAUGAUAAUAUUAAUGAUAAAUCAAAUCAUCAGGGAUCAUCAAAAAAAAAUGACAAAAAUGGACAUUAUUUUCAUAUGAAUGAUAAACCAUUCGAAAUUCAUGUAAAACGCCCAACAUCAAGUCGAUAUGCUGAUGAUAGUAAUGAUGAUGAUGAUGAUGAUGAAGAAAGAGGUGAUAGUGAUUGCUGUGAAAAAUGUGGUGCUCGUCGUCAUUCGAAUCAAUCGGAACACGAUUCUGCAAAACCAAAAAAGAAGAAACGUGGACGUGGUGGUGGUUUCAAAAUUGUUCUCUAUUGUUAUCCACUUGAUGAUUGAUUUCUAUCAAUUGUAAAUUCAUAAUUGUGAUGAAAUAACAAAAACAAAUCCAAUAAGUUAUUUUAAAGUUGGUUUAUUAAAUGAUUGUAUAUUCAUAAUUCAAAAAGAAAACAAAAACAUAUACCUUCUUUAAUUUACAAAACAAAAACAUAAUUCGGUAUCAUUUCAUGACACAUAAUGGCCUUGUUAUUAAUUACAUUUAAGUUUUAUUAUCU